CUUAAAUAAACAGGACAUGUGUGACAAUUGCUCAGUUGUGCAAAAUAUAUCGUUAAUAUAAUACAUUUUCGUUUCUAUCUAUUUAUUCCAACAAAAUAUUCAAUUCGGGUAAGUCAUACAAUGUGCUACUAGUUAAAUGCCUUGAUUUAUUUUUAAAUGUUUACUGAAGUAUUUCAACUAUUUUCUGUUAUUUUUAAUGACAAUUAGCAAGAAAUUUAUAAUAAUUGAUGUGUUGUUUUAAGUGAUAAUUGAAGUAGGGACUUUUUAUAAAAUAAGUAUUUUGUUUAUCAAUAUUAAUCGAAUAAAAUCGAUAUAAAAUAUAAGUAGAUAUUAUUUUAUUUUAUAAAAUUCUUCCUCUUUUAGACAUUCUACGGACUAUUUAUAAUGGUCGGUUUCCGUAACAGCUACUUUAGCUUCCAGCUCAGCUGUCUAAAAUGUCUAUAUUUAUAUCUGAAUUAUUUUUCUUUAUAUUAUGUGUCUAAAUAUUUUUUAAGUAUAAUGCUAAUAUACUAAUAAAUUGCAUAAUUAUAUGUAGAAACUUACUCUAAAAUAAUUUUUUUUUUAUAAUUUUUCGCGUAGUACAUCUACAUUUAUUAGGUAUUUAAUCUACCACUGAUAAUAUGAUAUUAUGUACUCGAAUUUCUAACAAUAGUUAUGCAUUUGCUAAUAUACCUGGUUAUAAAUAUACAAUAUUUAAAUGAAUAGUAAUAUGUAUAAUGUAUAUACUUGAAAUAUAGUUCAAAAUUUGAGUUUUAGAUAUUAAAAUAAAAUAAAACAAAUUAAUAACAAUACUAUGAUAUUAUAUUUAUUCUAAGAUGGAAGAAGAUCGAUUUAACAAUUUGUCGGACUUAAAAAAAACCACAGAUAAGAAUGACCAUGAUAAAUUAUUUAUUAAAUAUAUAAAUAUAUGGACAUAUAAUAUAUAUAUUUAAUACGAUUUAUUUCCUUAUUUCAAACUAAAUGGAAUUUAACAACUUAUUUGACAUUCAUUUUCAAUGUUCGUUGUAUGUUAAGUUAUCAUGGUCUUGUUUCAGCCAUCCAAUGGUUUUCACGUUGGCGUUGUGGUUUAUGUUUUUUGCUAUUUCAGCAUCACCGAUGUCUCUCAGAGGUUAGUAAUUAAUUUAUUGAAAUUAUUUAAAUAGUCUUGGGUACCUUUAUUAGUUCAAUACCUUAAAGAACCUUUAUAAUUUAAAUUGGCUAAUUGGUAACAAAGGAAGGUGUAGAUACUUUGUACAAUGCACUUAAAAAUUCAUUUUUUGUAUUAUAUAUUUAAGUCUUAAUCAUAUUUAAUAAUAAUUGUGAGUGUCCCUUUUUUUCUAAUUUUAAUUUUUGUAGAAACAAAUUUAUUUAAAUAACAGUUAUUUAGUGUAUUUUAGAUUCUGAGUGUCUUUGUAUUACUAAGAUUUUAUAAAAUGCUUUAGAAUUUCGGUUGCUAAAAAUGCUCUUUAUACAUUUUUUACGCAGUACCAAUAUGGUUGUUUGUCGACUGAUGAAAUUUUAUUAAAACAUUUCUUUGAUAUUAAUUUUACUUUUUCUAAUAAGUAAAAAAACCCGUUUUUUCCGUAUUUUUAACGAUAAUAUUAAUAUAGUUGUCCAGACCACCCAGCUAACAAUGCUCUACUCAGAAUUAUUUUCGUUACUUUGUUAUUAUAAAAGCAGAAUUAUCUUUUAUCCUAUACGGAAAAACAUACCUUCCCAACUUUCCAUAUACAUCAGCGGUAUAUCCAUACGAUACUAAUUAUAUCCGUUUUUUCCCCCUUUGGUUAACAAAUUUAUUUGUUUGUAUUAUGUUACAUACAUGAAAAGGAGAUAAUUAAUAUUCAUUACUUUUCAGUAAAACUUCAAUAACUCAAAAUGUAUACAAUUCGAAUUUCCAGAAAAAAAAAAAAAAAUGAAUAACUUAUGUUUCUAUUUUGCUAAAAUUAAUUACUGAUAUCAGAACUUAAUAAUAUUAAAAUUGUAUACAACAUAUAAUUAUAAUAGAACAAAAAUAAAAAGACGACCAACAAUGUUAUGAUUUACUAUUUUAAAAACGAUAAAGCAGGAUUUAACAAAAGACGAUUGUUUGUAAACGGCAUAAAUAUAUUGGGAUUAGGAAAAGUAUUCGCCGAAACGAAGUGUAUUGGCACGUGGAAAUUGAUAUUUGUCUGGAAGAAUCAAUUGACCUUUUGGAGAAAAUCUUUAUUGAAUUCAUUCAACUAUCUACGAAAAGACACAGCACAAAUACCAGAUAGUGGUGUCAUGGAGAUGGUACCCGAUAAGAGUGUACGUGACGAAAUAUUAACAAGUUCCGGUAGAUUCUCUUAAACUGAUCAUAAAAUCACGGUGUAAACAAUUUCGUGUUACACUAAAUUGAAAAACCGGAGUGAUAAAUAAUACUACGUCUACCUAUAAGUAUUCUAAUUGGCAUUACCAAUUUUCGUUUAGUAUUUGAUUCGGUAUUUUUUUUUUUGUGUUUUAAGCUUUUUUGAACAUCAGUGUGCACGUCACAUUUCAAAAACUAACGUAUUCAUUAUUCAAUUUUGUAAUAAAAUUACCCAAGCCCAUUACACGCUCAUCCCUAGUACCAUAAACACUGAAUAUCAUCACGCAAAACUGUUCAGCUUAAAACACAUAUUUUUCCAAUUUAUAUUGAUAUAAAGGAUUUAGAUAUAUAUGUCAUAGGCCAUAUGGAAAAUUAUUAUUUUUCCAAACGGCCUACUGUUUUUCAGGCUUAUUUCAUAUAGACUAACAUCAGUUAGGUCUAUUAGAACUAAAAUAUUUAUAAUAUAGUGAUAACCAUUUUACUAAUUUUAUUUUAAGGAUAAUUUAUUACUUUUACAAAAAAAUAUAUCAAUAGAGUUAUUAUAACAUGUAAACUGAAUAGUCUGAAUAAGUACGGUACUUAUUAUAUAGUAUUAUAUUUUUUUUAUAAACUGUACAUCAAUGGAGAUUAUCGGUGAUGUUUAGAUUAUUUUAAAGUUUUUGACUAUUGUAUUAUUAGUUUUAUUUUACAUUCAUAAAAAAAAAAGAAAAAAAAAAAAAAAUAUAAAAAAAUAAUAAUAUUUACUUAUUGUUACAUGUGGUUUUUUCGUGUUACAUUUUGUAAUUAUAUUUAUAAAUUAAAAUUGAAUAAAAUGUAUUUAUUUAUAUUUUCUGUUGUAUACUAUAUAAUAAUUUGCUAAUGUAAUAAUACAUACUUAUAAAGUUUACGUGUUAUAACGAUUCUAUUGAUCUUUUUUUUUUUUUUGUUUUAGUAAUAUAUUACCCUUAAAAUAAAAUUAGUAAAAUGGUUGUUACUAUAUUAUAAUGAUUGUAGUUCUUAAAAGGCCUUACUUCUGUUUGUCUAUAUGCAAUAAGCCUGAAAAACAGUAGGCCGUUUGGAAAAAUAAUAAGUAGUUCGCAAACGGGCUACCCCAUUGCAAAGAGUCUAGUUUUUUCGCAAAAAGACUAAUUUUCCAUAUGGCCUACGACAUAUAUAUAUUUACAGUAUACAUAUUAAAUGAAAAAAACAUAAGUGGUUUUUACUAAGUUAUGUAAUUCAUUUUUAAUUUGAAAGAGUUUUCAUAAUUUUAAUUGCAAAGCAUACAAAUCAUAUUUAAUUAACACUACUUUUAUGAGUUUAUUAUGAAGUCUUAUAAUUACGACGUUUCACUUUACAAGAGACUAUUAGUUUUAUUGAUUCUGUUUUUAAUCAUUUUUCCUCUAGUUUUCGUAACUAUAGGUAACUAGGUCAAAAACUUACUGUGUCUAAUUAUUUACGCUUUCAGUAUAGCAGAUAAAUCAUCACUUGUAAAGAUUAAUUUUAUUUUUAUUUUAAUAAUAAUUAAUUAUUUAAUUUUGAAUAAUAAUUUUAGAUCGUAAUUUGGAUGACUGGCCAUAUGUUUUUAAAGACAAUGGAUUACCUAAACAAUCGCCAGUGGACAUAUGUACAAAAUACGCACAGCGACGAUAUUUACCAUUUUUACGCUAUUUCGGUUACUGGUCUUUUGAAAAGGCUGUAGUAAAUAUAACUAAUACCGGGCACACAGGUAUAAAAAAUUUCUUGUUUAAUUUGUAAAUAUUUGUAGUUUAAUUUUUAAUUUGUUAAUUUGUUAAUUUGAUUUGUUACACAUUUACCUAUCUGAUUUAAUAGUUAACGUUAAACUUGUAAAUAAUUCCGAAGACAUUCCAUUUAUCACCGGGGGGCCACUAUUCGAUUCUAAGUACGAGUUUGAGCAGAUGCAUUUCCAUUGGGGUAAACACGAUUUCGGAAGUGAACAUAAAGUCAACGGACAUCAGUAAGCAAUAUAAACUAUAUAUUAUAACUAAAAUCGUGGUAUCUACUAUAAAGCAUCGAAACUGCCUAUCUAUUCGUAGUAUUCUGUUUUAAAUUUUAAGCGCAGCGAGAAAUGUAUUGGUUUUACUAUGAUGUGUGCUUAUUUUUCUGUCUAUGAACAACAUUUCUACUAGAAAUAUUGCUCCAGUCAAAAAAAUGCUUCGUCAAUUUUACAAUACAAUACAAUACGUACAAUUUUGUUUCUAACCAGUGCAUUGAGGAGGUCAUUUUUCUUGUGUUUAUUAAAAUAAUUGGGGAAAAAAACAGUAAAAAAAGUAAGAAAAAAACGAGUAAACUUUAUUGCAAUGAUUGUUUUUUUCUCGAUUAAAAAUAAUUUUAGAAUUUUAACACUUUUACAGAAUACUUAAAUAUUUUUUAUAUAUUCUAAACAUGAUACAAUUUUCAACAUAAUCUAACAUUUGUUGAGCUCUUUGUAAAUAUUCAAUAUUUCCUAAAUUUUUAAAUUUAAAUUCGGGUUUAUAUGAAGAAAAUUGUUUGGAAAAACAGAAAUGCUUGAACACAAGAUUUUAAUGAAUAUUUUUUUUAGUCAUGAAAAAAAAAGUUGAGUUUAAUGUAGUCGAUUUUUUUAUAAGCGAUUUAUGCUCAAAUUUUAACAAAAAUCCUAAAAAUUACGACAUUUAUAUAUUUAGCCGAACUUACUUAGAAUUUUUUUUUGUUAGUAAUGGUUUGUCGUUACGUACAAAUAUAAAUCAAAUUAUAAUUGUAUGUAUCUUAUAUUCCCAACUUUUUACCUAUAACAGUGGCACAUAUAUUCCCAUUAUCAGCUCUUUUUAUUUAUAAAGUCAUUUAAAUUGUCUACGAUUAGUAUGAAGAUAUAUGGGGAUCCCUAACUAGUUGAACAAAUUUAUUACUCUUAAAAAUUGGAUCAUCUACCUACGUUUACACAUUACCUAUAUAAAGAGUAGUCCCAUUAAAAUUAAUUUCUGACUGUGAUACAUCAUAUUAAGAUCUCCGAUAACGCAUGCUAGUUGUAAUAAAUGUUUUAUAAAUGAUUGUUGAUUGUACAAUUUUGAUAAGUUAACAAAAUAAAAUAAUAAAUACGCAAUAUUUAUAUAACCAUAGCGUGCCUAGAAAUUUUUUUUCUAGGAGAGAGGGGAUAGAUGGUUUAAUAUUUUUACUAGCGUAUAUUUCAAAUGUAUUUAUUUCAUUAGGUAUAAUUUUGGCUUAUACAAUAUUCAUACAAUAUACAUAUACAGUAAUAAUAUUUAUAAAAAAAAAAGUAAUACAAAUUGAUAGUAAGUACAUUUUUAAUCAUUUGUCGUAAUAAAUUGGUCAUAUUAUAACACUUUAAAAAUAUUUUAGGUAUGAUAAUAAUAAUAAAUGGUAUCAAAUAAGUACCAAAGCAUUCUAUUUGUUAAAUAAUUGUAUGACAAAACUUUUUGUUUUUUCUUGACUACCUUUACCGGUAUCUGAAUUAAAUCUGAAAAUAAAAUACAAAACUUACAUAGAGCCUUUUUUUUAUUUCAGAAUAUACUAACCAUGAAUAUCUUUUUAUUUAACUCAAUUGAAAACGUAAAUUUAAUUUAUUAGUAUUAUAUUUAGGAAAUAUAAUAUAUAAUAUACAUUUGGGGGACCUAUGAAGAUGUAAGUAAUUGUUCACGUUUCAAAUCAUUUAAAAUAAUUUUUUUUUUCUCUUAAAUUUAUUUAGGUAAUGUCUUGAGAAUCGAGGUUAAAUGAUGUCACAGAUAAAUUUUUAUUUUCAACGCUUUCAAGAUUUUAUAUUACUGUCAGCAUCAGCGACUUUUAACAAUUUUAUUUUAUUGGAAAAAUUCAUUACUGUUCCUGACCUUGUCAUCUUAAAUACAUUUUAAUGGUUUUCGUACAAAUCCCAAUAAAUAAAAAAAUAAUUAAAUUAUGAGAAAAGAUUUAAAAAUUCUUACAAUUAUAGUUCCCCCUAAGUUUCUCUACAGUUAAUUCAGUUUGAUAUAUUAAUAUAUGUAACAAAUAUAUUAUAUAUUAGAGUAGACAAAAAAUAGAACAAAUUAUAUUAUUCUAAUUUUGUUGAUCUUGUUCACUUUAAAACUGUACAGUGGACGUAGCCGAAAUAAACCACGUUUAAUUCUUUAGAAUAUGCGAGUAUUAUAAAGGUACAUGUGCAAUCGCGUAUAUGUAAUUUUGAUCGAUAUUAUGUACUAAAUAAUGUGAAUAUGUGAUAUAAUAAGUAAUAAAAGAUAAACGUUUUUGAUUCAUGUUCACGAACUAUGGUCAAUCUUAUCUUUAAUAGAUCUAUAGUCAAUAGAUCGACAAUGGAUAAUACAAAUAACCCUGGCGAAUGUUAUCAAUAAACCUAAAUUGUAUACAAAUAUUAAGCGAUACUUUUUUUCUAAAUUCGUUAACAUUUCAGGGGAGGUUUGAACACCCUAUCCCCUCUUCCUAGGUAUGCCUCUGUUAGCUGUCCCGCCCGGCGUUACGUAAGCCAAAAGAAAUAAUAGACAAAUAAUUAUCAUCGGUAUCAACUAGGUAACCCAUAAAUUAACAAAAAUAAUACGAUUUUCGAAUCACAAAUACCAAUAACCCCCUUAAAGGAUUGAAUACUCAUAAAAAAAAUUCAUGGUUUAGAAUUAUACAUUAUAUAGAAAGUUUCAGUUCAGUUCAGCAGUUUUGACGUAAAACCCAUUCACACCAAUACACAUCUAUCCAUAAAUCCAAACAAACUUUUAAAUUUAUAAUAUCAGUGGGAUAGAAAUUUGCCGGCUAUGUAUACGAUUCGGGCGUUUUCUACGAUAUCUGAGCAUCUUAUGCCCAGGAGUUACAUAAAAUAUUCAUCGUAUAUUGAUAUAGCAAUACACAUUUUGUAAGUAAUACUAUAUUAAAAUUUAUUAGAUUAAAUUAUUCAGUUAUUUAGGUAUUCAUUCAUAUAUUUACUAUUUUAUUGUAUAGGAUAUUAUUAGAUAAUAUUUUAUUUUUAGUUAUGUAUACAAUUAAUACAUUAUAUUUAAAUUUCGUUAAACAUUUGUGAUAUUUGAACAUUUUUUUUUAAAAGAACAAUUCAAUUUGCAUUAGACUUUUUAAUAUUUAUAAUAAACUCGAAUUGUAAGUAAGCAUGUGAACUGAAAAAUAUAAAUGAUAAAUCGAUAAUAUGUGACUAAAUAGUAAAUUUUAUACUACAGUAAAACCGCAGGUGGAAGGUAGAUUUUAUCAAUUGUGACAUUACGAUAACGAAAAUGAAAAUUAUUAUUACAGUAAAUACGACAAUCACUUAUGGUGCCAGUUUCCACAUUUGGACGACCAGAUGAGUAUGGAUAUUUUUGUUAUCAAUAGAACAUCAAUCGUAUAUUACCUAGAAAUGUAUACUUGCCAAUAUACGAUGGACAUUUUAUAUAAUAUCCGGGGCUUUGUAGAAAACAUCUCAUAUUGUAUAAUAUAAUAUAAUAUAUUUGUUAUUUAUUAUUAAUUGUACCUUGUACAAUCUGUAUGAAUAAACUUUUGCAACACACGAAAUUACGAUAAUAUACGGAGACUAAUAAGUAGGAGAGUAAAUAAGUGGUAGUUGAUUAGGCAAUGGAACUUCGGAGUGUAAGCUGUGAUUAGUCAGCUUUACACUAUUUACGCUUUAAACGUACGUCAAGGUCAACUACUGGUAUAGUGAGUGGGAGUAAAUAAUUAAAGAUUGCUUUUAAGUAAACGAGAGCAGAAAGUCUAUAAAACAUAUUGGUGACAUUUUAAAUUAGAAGUAGGGACAGAGAUGUUUUUAUGGCGUGUAUACACCAUAAAAACAGUAAAAACACACAUACGACACAAAAAAGUGCUUUGAUUAUUUGUUGUAGGCAUUUGUUUUGAAUGAUUUGUGUUCGAUUAACAUUUGAAGGAUUUACUGACUUUCAAAAGACCAUAUUGGUUUGAAGAUAAGUUUAUAGAGGAGAAUUUUAUAAUGGAGAAUCAUGUGUUUGGAUAAUAUAAGAAUUUAUAGUUGACGGAUUCUGUUGCUAAGAGUGCUUAGAACAAGACGUUUGGUUUAUAUAUAGCUUAUCCAUGUUAAUCAAUUCGUCUUUGUGUGUUAAUUAGUGAUAUUUAACAUUUUAGACUUCUUCCAAAAAUCGGCAAUUUUUAUAACAUUAUCUUUUAAUUGUUUUCUGAAAAAGCAUUUCUUCGUUCUUCUUAUUGGUAGCAUAGGCCAUUCUAAUAAAUGAUUCAUGUUCUCAUGUUCUCUUUCGUUCUUCUCAUUUCCGAUUGUAUUCUGUUAAUAGUCUUCCAUGUACACCAAGGUUCAAGGUUAGAUUAAUCAAUAAUUUUCAAUCAAUAUAAUUUAGGUAUAAAACUAGAUAGCAAAUAUUUUUAGGAGAGGGUAAUAGAAAUAUGCUGUUGAGUUAAAUAGUAGGGUAGUUUUUAGAUUUCAGAGUAAAUAUUCAAUGAUGAAUGGAUAGAUUCAUUAAUUUUUAAUUAAAUAUGAAAUAAUACAUAGGUAUGUUCAGGUAUUUAUUGGCAUAUACAGAUUUUUUGUAAAUAGUGAUAAUGAUAAAAGCACUUAUUUAUAAGUUUUAUAAAAAAGACUUUUAGUUUGUUAAUUUUUUUUUUCUUUUUUAAUACAUUAUAUGAGGUUUACAUUAUAGACUGUAAGAUCUACAGCGUUGUAAAGAUUUACACGAUUUUCGAUAUACACAACUUCGUUGAAACUUAACCACUGGUCACUGAUUUUAUGUUGGAUAAGCUCGUGUUUCGAAUUUUAUAUUAACCCUGGUAACUGAAACCGGAGCACUAUAGUUUUAGUUAUUUUAGUUAUUAAAAAAAGUAACUAACUAAGAACAAAUGUUUGAAAAUUUUGUUUAAAUAUUUAUUCCAAACUAGAUCGUUAUGAUUAUACCUGUGUAUUUCUUUAAAUAAAUAGUUAUUUAAAUAAAGUGUAAUUAACAGAAUAUUAUACUACUUAUUUAAUUUGUAAUUAUAUUUUAUUUAAAUGUUAGAUAUGCUAUGGAAGUUCAUAUCGUACAUUAUAAAAAAGAGUACGGAACUUUUGAAAAUGCACAAAAUUAUUAUGAUGGAUUAUGUGUAGUCGGAUUUUUCGGAGAGGUAUUCGAUAUAUUAUUAUUAUUAAUGCAGGAUUAUCAACAUAAAAUAAGACACUCAUUAGCUCGGAAGUUAUUAACUUUUUUUCGGAAUUUGUUCUUUAGAUAAUUUAAGAAAUAAACAGCUUUAAAAUGAUAUACUGCUCUUAUUUUAUUACACUUAUUUUAGGAAAUAAAACCACUACUCUUUUUUGAUUUUCAAAUGGAAACCUUUAUUAAAAAUUCAGAUGGAGUAUUAGUUUAAACAAAUUUCGGUAUUGAAACAUUUAAAAUUCCGUCAACCCACUGAUGAGAUAUUCCAUUUUUAAGUUUCGGUGGAGGAAAAAUAGUGGUGCACUAUAUAUAUGUGUAGAAGCAUUGCGCGGCGAGCGGUGUUUUAAUACUACUCGUAUUUCAUAACUCUCCACUUUAUCUAAACUUAAAAAUGGAAUAUCUCGUUAAUGGAUCAACCAUCAUUGAAUUAAACAAAUACUCCAUUUAUAUUUAUGGAAAAUAAGGGUGAAAAAAAAAGUAAUUUAUUUAUUUAACAUUUAUUAGAGCUACUUAUUUCUUAAAUGUUCUAAAAACCAAAUUCUGAAAGAAGUUAAUAUUUUCUGAGAUAAUGAAUUUCUUAUGUUAUGUUGAUCAACAUAUUAUACUCUUUUAAAAUUAUUAUUUUUAUGAUUAAAAUUAAAAUAUUUAAUGUGUUUAGUAUUAUAACAACAAAAAUAAUAAUACAAGCUUUAAUAAGUUUUAUGACUUUUUAAGAUAUCAACAAAAAAUAAUCGAGAAAUGGAAAAUUUCAUAACUGAUUUAAGACAUUUAAUCCAACCUAAUUCAAACAUAAUUAGAAAUUUUAAAGAAGAAUUUUCUUGGAUAAAGAAAACAGCAUUAAAACAACAUUAUUACACAUAUCCCGGAUCACUUACUACUUCACCGUUCACAGAAUGUGUAAUUUGGAUUGUUUUUACCAAACCCAUUAAGAUUUCUAGAAAACAAGUAAAUUAAACAAAUUUCUAUUUAACAAAUCUACAAUUUUUUUUUUUAUUUUUAAAUAUUUAUUUUAUUUUAAUAUUAUAGUUAAUGGAAUUCAGAAAAUUGCAUUCAAGUCAUAAGGGCGUAUUAAUAAAUGAAAACGAUAGAGAACUUCAAUCAUUUAACAAUAGAACAAUUCUUUAUGGAUACUGAAAUUCUAAAUCAUUACAUAUACAUUUCAUACAGAUACAAAAUUUUACCCACGUCUUACAUAAUAUUUUAAUACUGUACAGUAUUUACUUUUUAUAAGUUUUAAUUUAUGUUAAUGACUUAAUAAUUUGUUAUGCAUACUAUACUAACCUGUUUAUUUUCAACGCAAUUGUUUAUGAGUUAUUGCUAAAAUGUAUUUUAAUUUUUUUAAGUUGUUGAUAAUAAAUUAAAACACCCAC